AUGGGUGACGCCGCCAACAGUGCCGCUGAGGCGGAGCGCUAUGCUAUCGGUAUCUCGUUUGGUAACUCAUGCAGUUCAAUUGCCCGUAUUUCACCUGAAGGCAAGGCUGAGGUUAUUGCCAACGAGGAAGGAGAUCGUCAAAUUCCUUCCAUCCUUUCCUACAUCGACGGCGAGGAGUACCACGGCACACAAGCCAAGGCCCAGCUCGUUCGCAACUCCGGCAACACUGUCGCAUACUUCCGCGACUUCAUCGGCAAGGAAUUCAAGUCGAUUGACCCUACUCCUUGCCACCAGUCAGCCCACCCCCAGCAGAAGGACUCGACUAUCGCUUUCACUAUCCGCGACACCGAGAGCGAGACACCCAACACCGUCACUGUCUCUGAGAUCACUACUCGUCACUUCAAGCGCUUGAGAAGUUCCGCCACCGACUUCCUCGGUAAGGAUGUCAACGCCGCUGUUAUCACCGUCCCCACCGAUUUCACCGAUGCCCAGCGUGAGGCCCUCGUUGCCUCCGCUAAGGCUGCUGGUCUCGACGUUCUGCAGCUGAUCCACGAGCCCGUUGCUGCUGUCAUGGCUUACGAUGCCCGCCCCGAGGCCACCGUUACCGACAAGCUGGUUGUCGUUGCCGACUUCGGUGGUACCCGCUCUGAUGUCGCUGUUGUUUCCUGCCGCGGUGGUAUGUACACUAUCCUGGCCACCGUCCACGACUACGAGCUGGGUGGUGCCUCCCUGGACCAGAUCAUCAUCGACCACUUCGCCAAGGAGUUCAUGAAGAAGCACAAGACCGACCCCCGCGAGAACGCUCGUGGUCUUGCCAAGUUGAAGCUCGAGUGCGAGGCCACCCGCAAGGCCCUCAGCCUGAGCACCAACGCCCAGCUCAGCAUCGAGUCUCUGGUCGACGGUGUCGACUACGGCUCCACUGUCAACCGCACCCGUUACGAGCUUCUUGCCGGCAAGGUCUUCAGCCAGUUCACUAGCCUGAUCCAGCAGGUUGUCAAGAAGGCCGAGCUCGAUGUUCUUGACAUCGAUGAGGUUAUCUUCUCCGGCGGUGUUUCCCACACCCCCAAGAUCGCCAACUUGACCCGCAACAUCUUCUCCGAGAAGACCAAGAUCCUUUCUCCCGCCACCUCCACCACUUCCCUUAACCCCUCCGAGCUCUCUGCCCGUGGUGCCGCCUUCCAGGCUUCCCUCGUCCAGGAGUUCGAGCACGAGGACAUUGAGCAGUCCAUCCACCCCAUGGUCACUGUCACCCCUCACCUGACCAAGGCCAUCGGUGUCGAGUUCACCUCCGAGACCGAGACCACCUUCCAGCCCCUCCUCGGCGCCGAGACCGCCCUCCCCGCCCGCCGCAUCGCCCAGUACUUUGCCCCCAAGGAGGGUGGCGACGUUCUGGUCCGUGUGUGUGAGGGUGCCCGCGAGAUCAAGGUCACCAAGCCCGAGCCCAAGGCCGAGGAGAAGCCCGCCAAGGAUGAGGAUGACUCUGACUUUGACUCCGAGGAUGAGGAGGAGGAGGAGAUCCGCGAGAUUGUCUGGAAGACCGAGAAGCCCGUUGCCGAGCUCGCCGUCAAGGGCGUCAAGGCUGGCAGCAAGAUCGAGGUCAUGGUUCACGUCAAUCCCGAUCUUGGUCUGCAGAUCGCCGUCCGCGAGGUCGCGUCCCAGAACGCCGUCCGUGGUGCCAUCAACGGCUCCGCUUAA